AUGGCCGCCCUCCGCAUCCGCACCCCAACCCUCCAAACCCUCCUCACCACCCGCGCCAUCCCAACCAUCCCUCGCCGCGCCUUCCACCCCCAACCCUUCAACAACACCUUCUCCACCACCCACAUCGCCCGCAACACCAGCACCAGCACCAACGCCAACGCCAACGCCAACGCCAACGCUAACGGAACCUCCACCUUCUCCCUCAAAACCCUCGUGCCCAACCCGCGCACGCGUCAGGCUGUCAUUGCGGGACUGGUGCUGAUGACGGGGGUGGAGACGUACAUGUUUGUGCAGUACUGGCCGCGGAUUAAGGGGUGGGUUGGGUUUGGAGAGGGGAGGAAGCAGUGA